AUGUCUUCCCGAUCAGAAGAGGAUCUCUCCUGUCCCAUCUGCACAGAAAUCUUCACAGAUCCUGUUGUCCUGACGUGCAGCCACAGCUUCUGUAAAGUCUGUCUGCAGAGCUGGUGGAGACAGAAAAAGGAGUGUCCACUUUGUAAGAGAGCACCUUUACUGAGUGAUCCACCUCGUAACUUGGCGUUAAAGAACCUGUGUGAGGCUUUCUUACUGGAGAGAGAACAGAAAUAUUCAGCAGUGUCUGAGCCUCUCUGCAGUCUGCACUCUGAGAAACUCAAACUCUUCUGUCUGGACCAUCAGCAGCUAGUUUGUUCUGUCUGCAGAGAUUCAAAAACACACAACAACCAUAAAUUUAGACCCAUCGAUGAAGCUGCACAGGAUCACAAAGAAGAGCUACAAGAAUACCUGAAGCCCUUACAGGAGCAACUGAAAGCCUUCAAAAGAGUUAAAGACAACUGUGAUCAAACAGCAAAACACAUUAAGGUCCAGGCCAGAGACACAGAGAGGCAGAUUAAGGAGCAGUUUAAGAAGCUUCACCAGUUUCUACAAGGGGAAGAGGAGGCCAGGAUCUCUGCUCUGAGGAAAGAAGAGGAGCAGAAGAGUCAGAUGAUGAAGAGGAAGAUUGAGGGUCUGAGCAGAGAGAUCGCAGCUCUUUCAGACACGAUCAGAGUCACAGAGGAGAAGCUGAGAGCUGAACACGUCUCAUUUCUGCAGAACUACAAGGCUGCAGUAGAAAGAGUCCAGCAGCACCCCCUGCUGGAUGAUCCAGAGCUGGUCUCAGGAGCUCUGAUAGAUGUGGCCAAACACCUGGGCAACAUGACCUACAACAUCUGGAACAAGAUGAAAAACAUAGUCUCCUACACUCUUGUGAUUCUGGAUCCAAACACUGCCAACCCAGAACUCAUCCUGUCUGAAGAUCUGACCAGUGUGAGACGUGGAGAGAGACAGAAGCUUCCUGAGAACCCAGAGAGGAUUUAUCUCUAUCUCUCUGUCCUGGGCUCUGAGGGCUUUAACUCAGGGACUCACAGCUGGACUGUUAAGGUAGGAGAGAGUCCGCUCUGGGCACUGGGAGUGGUAGCAGAGUCUGGCUUGAGGAAGUCAGGCAAACUGUCUCAAUUAUUCAGAAUAGUGUUCUGUGAUGGUGAAUACACAGCAGACUCUGAUUCAGCUCCCACCACUGUUUUCUCAGUGAAGACGAAGAAGAAGCAGAAGCUGCAGAGGAUCAGAGUUCAUCUGGACUGGGACAACGGAAAACUGUCAUUCUCUGAUCCUGAUACUGACACACACAUUCACACCUUCACACACACUUUCACUGAGAGACUGUUUCCAUACUUUAACACUGUUAAUGCACACACACUGAGGAUUCUACCGUUGCCUUUCCAUAUAACAAUGUAA